CACCAGGGAGACCAGACAGGGCUGCUUAAGCCUGGACUCAAACCCAGACCGUGGUCCCCAGUCCCAAGGUCCACUCUAAAGAUCAGAACUUUUGCUCCCCCGACCCACGCCUGGGCCACACACGUGUCUAAAGUCUGGAGAGUGAAGACUGUGUAUUUGAGGCAGAGUAAGAAGAAAUAGGGUCAAGACAACAUAUGAAAGAUGUAAAGCAUGCAGGAAAUGCUUCAUUCUAGGGUCCGGAAAUACUGAAUUGGUCUGUGCAAAUGUGUGUAUGUACGUGUACGUGUGUGUACGUGUGUGUCUGUGUGCGUGUACUGUACGCACAGCAUGUCCCAUAAGGUCGUUGUGAGGCUUUUCUAACCUCAGAAGUAUAAAAGCUACUAACGUAAAAUACGUUAUUUGGAGGUUUAAUGAGUGAUAUUUUGACUAUACUUCUUUUAAAGAAUAAAUCAUGAGUGUGAAUUUGUGUGUCAGUCGUUCUGAGUGAAGAUGGCAAAGGCUGAUGGAAACAAUAACGACUUAACGACUCAAAAUUAAAGAAGUCUAAAGUUCGGCUUCCGGAUGGACGAAACUGAAAACCUCAGGAUGCGGAAACGUGGAGCUGAGAUCCGCACCACACGGAUGAACCUGGAGGGCGUCCCGCUCAAUGAAACAAGCCAGACAGAGAACGACAAAUACUGCGUGGUCUCACUUUAUAUGUGAAAUCUGAAAACCAAAGAAAGACAUGGACUGCGGUCUCUGGUGUCUGAAAAGCGUUAUCGCUAGCUGGCUGAGCUCCAGUCCCACUUCCUGGGCGAUUGCUCCCAUCCUCGCCACCCUGUGUGGACUGGGGCUCCUCCUGCUGUUCCUUCCCUACCUCCAGAGGAAUCCGUGUUUACGACCACCUUGGAAGAGACGUAGAAACAUCAGGAAGCGUCCAGUGGAGCCGAGGGGGAGGAGCGGCAGGACCAGGAAGAAAAGCGGAGCUUCGAAAGCUUCCAGGGGAUCCCGACAAGGACUGGAAGGAGCGUGGGGCCUGAUCUCACUUCUGCUGAGCUCCCCGGGGAGGCUCUUGCCCGAGGGCAGCUCCCGUCAGCCGCCGAGUCCAGAGUCCCCUGCUGAGGAGGACGGCCCAGCGUCCGCCGGAGCCCACCAGCCGUGCGGGAAGCCUGUGCAAGACGACGCCCUCGCCACGUCUCCAGCCGUGCCCCUGGCUCCUCGGACCGAGCACCCUCUACCUCGACCUCAGCCCACUUUGCCCCGCUCAGACACCUGUGACUCUGGGGCCCACUCCAAAGGCAACUUGGCCAAGUUCUCUCCUCCUGCAGAGAAGCACCCGAGUCUGGGAACUCAAGGGUCGCUUGCCCCCUCGGCCAGUCCCCUCCCUGCUCCCUCACCUGAGUGUGCGGGAACCCGGAAGGCCCCGGGAGGGACCCUCCCUGGUGACAGCCGUGGGCCCUCAGAGGCCCCUCUGACGGGACGGGGGCGCCGGCCGCCCUCUCACACCCUCACCCUCAGCCUCAGCCUCACAGGCAGAAGCCGGCAGAGCGGGACUGUCGAGAGGGGGGCCGAGCGGCGCAGGCCAGGUCCAGCGACGGGCAGGGGUGAGCCGAGGGAGGAGCGUGGCGCUGGGGCCUCACGAGACCCCUGCCAGGGGGCACCGAGGCUGGAGGUGGACUCAGCGUGCCACUCUUCGAAGGCUCAAGAGGCCUGGGAGGUUGGGGAGGCUCUUUGGGAAGCCGUGCUGGCCGACGUGGCUGUGCCCUGGAGGAAUCCCGCAUCUCAAAGAUCCGGGAAGAGCCCCUCGCCGCCGACCAAGCCCGCUGCCCUGGAUCCGAAGGAGCUGUGCCCGAAAGUGAAGCCGGCCAGGAAGUUUGACUGGCCAGGGAAGGCAGCGCCCGAGAACCAGCCUCAAGGCUGCACGGCCGGGACGCUCCUUCGAGACUCGCCCGCUCGUGGGCCCCGUGCCCCAGACGGCUCGGCUUCGCACGGGUCGGUGUCCCGUGGCCAGAGGGAAGACAACGGUGGGGACGGGCCAGCUGGCCAGAUGCCACGUGAUCUCGACCCAGGGAGGGGAUGGAGCAGCCAGGGGCGGCAGCAGCCCGGGAGACCAAAGGGUAAGACCCCACGUUGGAGUCCCAGCAACCUCCUUCCGCCCAUCGACGAGAGCGAGGAACACACGAGUCCCGAGGCAGGAGAGGAUGACGACAGCUUGGCAGGCCCGAGGGCUUCCCGAGCCAGGGGGACGAGCCACCGUCCCCGGGUCAGGGGCAGUGGACACAGCCUUGGGAGCCAAUCCCUCCAGCUCCUGCCCGAGAAGGAGCAGGUUUCCGCAGACCGACGGUUCUGGAGAAGGGUGCGAUACUUUCUGCCAUGUUUCAAGGCCGACCCAGAAGACCGAGUAGCAGAAGAUCCCCUAGCAAAAGGCAAGCCCGGGUCAGCCACUGCCCAGAGCCGGGGACCAGUGAAGAGCAGAUGGCUUCCGGACAGCGACGGCGGGGCUGUAGAAGCUCCGUCGACGGCGACGUGUAUCGGACGGGCCCUGGGAGAGAAAUCGGGGCUUUGCCGAGCGCUUCGUGCCUCCAAGUGGCAGCGGCAGAAGAAACGGCUGCAGGCCUGGGUAGCUGGGCAUUCCUGCUACCACAGGGUUCCCUCCUCCCCGGAGCAGACAAGAGGGAUGCCUGAUGGCGGUCACCAAGCCAGCCCCAGGGGCCAGAGCUGGCCUAAGAUGCCGAGAAAACCCAUUUCUUUCCCAUAGCCCAUCCUCUGGGUGCUAUCGGGGUCGUCCUACCCCAAUGUCUCCCCAAAUACAUAUGUUGUUUU